UCAUCAUGCUCUGCAGCGCCGCUCUGCUUCGCCGCCAGCUGCCCGCUAACCACGCUGCAGCUCCGGUGCUGACGGUGGAGGAUGUGGACCAGGAUGUGGGGCUUGGAAAAGUCCUGAACAUCCCCAAAAUUAUAACGACCCCAGAUCCAGAGUUCAGCGCGCUGGGUGUCCCCAUGUUCGGUGCUGCAGGUGAUCUGUCUGAAGAGGAGGAUGAUGCUGAGCUGAGGAAGGCCUGUUCCAGUCAGGGAGACCUGCUGACUGCAGACGAGAUGCGUCCCCUGUCGGCAGCGAGUGUGGGCAGCGUGGUGAUCCAGGACCGUCUGAGUGAGCUCGUCCGGCUUUUUAAAGGUCGAACUGAGCAGCAUAAAGACCGUCUGCUGGACCCGGACGACUCGGAGGGAGAAAGUCCUUCAGCCUCGCCGAGCAAAGCUCCCCCUCCUCCUCCUCCUCCUCCUCCUCCAGAGGAGAAGAAGGACGACGCCCCUGCAGCAGCAGAAGAAGAGAAAGAGGAGGAGGAGGAGGAGAAGGAGUUCAUGCUCCCCUUUCAGAUUCUGGGACGUCCGGUGAAACUUCCCAAACUGCCAAAACUUCCCAAAAUGCCCAAACUUCCCCCGAUGCCCGACUGGCUCCGAGCCAUUGUGGAGUACCGCUUCCCCUCCAGCAUCGACCCAUUCAGCGAUCUGAUCUACGUGCUCUGGCUCUUCGUGGUGGUGGCGGCAUGGAACUGGAAUGUGUGGCUGAUCCCGGUGCGCUGGGCAUUCCCCUACCAGACCCCCGAGAACAUCCACCUGUGGCUAAUGAUGGACUACACCUGUGACCUCAUCUACAUCGCGGAUAUCCUCAUCUUCCAGCCACGCCUGCAGUUCGUCCGCGGAGGAGACAUUGUGUGUGAUAAAAAGGACAUGAGAGAGAACUACAUGACCACUGAGAGAUUUAAGAUGGACGUCAUCAGUCUGUUCCCGAUGGAGAUAUUUUACGUUUUCACCGGCGUCAACUCUCUGUUGAGGUUCCCUCGUCUGCUGAAGUACGUCGUGUUCUUUGAGUUCAACGACAGGAUGGAGGCUGUGAUGAAGAAAGCCUACAUUUACAGAGUGAUUCGGACCUCCACCUACCUGCUGUACUCUCUGCACAUAAACGCCUGUCUCUUCUAUUGGGGCUCCGACUACGAAGGACUGGGAUCCACCAAGUGGGUCUACAAUGGGAAAGGGAACGCGUAUAUCCGCUGUUAUUAUUUUGCCGUGAAGACGCUGAUCACCAUCGGAGGACUGCCGGACCCGACCACCGUCUUCGAGAUCUGCUUCCAGCUCAUCAACUACUUUGUUGGCGUGUUCGCGUUCUCCAUCAUGAUCGGUCAGAUGAGGGACGUAGUCGGAGCUGCAACUGCCGGAGAGAACUACUACCGCGCAUGCAUGGACAGCACCGUCAAGUACAUGAACUCCUACUACAUCCCACGAGAGGUCCAGAACCGCAUCAAGACCUGGUACGACUACACCUGGGAGAGCCAGGGCAUGCUGGACGAACAGGAGCUGCUGAUGCAGCUUCCUGCUAAGAUGAGGCUGGACAUCGCUGUGGACGUGAACUACUCUAUUAUCAGUAAAGUCGCUCUGUUUCAGGGCUGUGACAGACAGAUGGUGUUCGACAUGCUGACGAGGCUGAAAUCUGUCGUUUAUCUGCCUGGAGACUUUGUCUGUAAGAAGGGGGAGAUUGGUCGGGAGAUGUACAUCAUUAAGCAGGGGGAGGUUCAGGUGGUGGGCGGUCCCGACCUGCAGAUCGUGUUCGUCACCAUCAGAGCCGGCUCCGUGUUCGGAGAGAUCAGUUUGCUGGCGGGAGGCGGAGGAAACAGACGAACAGCCAACGUGAAGGCGCAUGGCUUCGCCAACCUGUUCAUCCUGGACAAGAAGGACCUGGCGGAGAUCCUGGUGCACUACCCCGAGUCCCAGAAGCUGCUGCGCAAGAAGGCCAAGACAAUGCUGACGAAGGACAAGAAGCCGGACGAGAAGGCGGGCGGGAAGGAGCCCAUGCAGGUCAUCCCGCCCAGACCAGACACGCCUGAGAUGUUCAAGGCGGCGCUGAAGGUGUCGGAGCAGGUGGGUCUGGAGGGAACCUUCACCAAGCUGAAGAAGAGCUACAGACAGACGGAGAGCUCAGCAGAGGUGGGCCCAUCCCUCUCUCCGCUCCCCCCUCCGUCCCCAAUGCACCGCCGCUCUCCGGUUCCUCUGACCGUUGCCCAGGACGACGACGACGCCGUGUCGGAGACCGCCGACAGCUCGGUGGUCAUCAGGAUGACGCCGCGGCAGCAGGGGGAGGAGCUGCUCACCGUGGAGGUCACGCCAGCAGAUGAGCAGGAGAAGAAGUAGGAGGCGUGAGGAGGCAGGAC